AUGUUCUCGGAAUAUGCCUCACGCUUCCUUGCCCAGUCACAGUCCCGAGUAGCAUCUCGCCCCGACGAGCUUCAAAGAACCGGUCGUGCCCACCCCAAUCAGCGCCAGAGCAGCUCACGGAACCCACCAUCAAGAACUGGGGAUCCUUAUCGGCCUGGUGCUUCCCAAAUCUCCAACUUCCCCUUUGCAUCCCGGGUGUCAGCUCAACCGGCUCCUCUAUUUUUCAGUGCCACCGAUGAAUUCCGAGAAGAAGAUGAUGAAGCAGAGCGGGAACGUGACCUUGCCGAUUACUAUGCAUUGCAACGAUCAAGGCGACAUUUUGGAGAUAGUCACUUGAAAGAGUCCUCUGAGCUUGAAGAUGGUUCGGAACGGUCGGUGGGAUUUGACGAGGAGCACUCACCAUAUGACAACGAUCGCCCGGGAAAUGGGAAAGGAAUCAAGAGCUCGUGGCGAGGGGAAAAAGGCGUCUCUGUUUCUCGUCAAUCUCGAAUCGAGACCGUGGCAGAACUCACCGAGCUUGAGCCCGGGCCGAGUUCUAUUCCCGAUAAUGGUAAAACCCGGGAGAAUCUGGUGGACAUCGGAUUAGAAGAUUCCAUUCGAGACAACCUAGACGAGGACGACCGUGGUCCCUCCGAGGUGUUGGGUGAUGAACCGCCCAUUCAGCGAUUUCGAGAAAGACCAUCAACCAAGCGAGAUCAAUUUGGGCUUAAUCGGUUUGGGGAUUCCUCAGAACAUGUCAAUCCAUUCUCCUCGGGUGGCCCAAGACCACCAAGCUCGGCGGGUUCGUUCCCGACGUCUAUCUCGCCCCUGGCCUCGGAGACUUCAGUGCAUGAUGCUUUUUGGGGCCACUUGUUUUUAAUCGCACUUGCCGGUUUAUUUGCCACGGCAUUCCUUGUCUAUCUGCACACGUCGACUCCAUCUGGAGACCAACAAAAGUGGGGAGAUACGAUCUACUUAACUGUCCACCGCUCUUUCUUCCUUCUUGGAGUCUAUACUCUUAUCUCCAUCUUCGUGUCACUUGUUUGGCUUGCUUUACUUCGAUCCUACGUUCGACCUCUAGUCUACAUUAUCAUUGUCGCCGUCCCCGUCAUUUUAUACUCCUUCUCCUUAUACCCCUUUAUCUCGAGCUUCAAGGGCGAAUGGCAUGGGUCUAGCUUUCAAGACAAGGCCAUGCGCUGGGGCUCUCUUGUCCCAUUCCUAAUGGCGAGCAUCUGGAUUUACAAUGUUGUCCGAGGCCACCAGUCCAUCGGCAAAGCAAUCAGUGUGCUUGAAUUCUCUUGUCGAAUUUUGGCUGCGAAUCCAGAGCUUCUUGCCUUAGGGUUAGGUGUGCUUGCUAGUGUUGUCUCAUGGACCUGGGUGUGGAUGCUUAUGUUUACCCGCGUAUUCUUGGGCGGCCACCUGGCUGAGCCAAGAUCCUUUGUUAUCGACCUGAGCAGCUGGUGGCUGGGUGUUUAUUUUGUGAUAAUUUACCUGUGGUCGAUCGGGGUGAUAGCCGGUAUCCAGCGUGCUGUAACGGCUGCCACGGUAAGUCAAUGGUAUUUUCACAGAUUGGCAAGCCCAGCACCUACCUCUAGACAAAUCGUUCAAGCCGCCAUCGUUCAUGCUACUUCGACCCUGUUCGGUACGAUCUGUCUGUCCCGCCUUCUCAGUUUGUUGAUUCGACUCCCCCUGCUCUUGCUCCCUAGUCGGAUAUCCUCGUUGUUGAGUCUCUUUGCCUACUCCCUCAUACCAAGUCCCAUAGCAUAUCUCACCAACCCCCUUGCCCUCACCUAUGGAGCCAUUCAUUCACAGCCACUGGCAGCCUCUGCACGCGGACUGAGCCAGAUGACUGUUCUUGCUUCGUCGGUCGCUUCAUCGCCAAUUCACCCGCAAGCUUAUUCUCGUUCCUCGGGGGCUUCAGCUUCAUUGCUCUCCUACCGGCUCUCCAAGCUAAUCCUUCACGCUGCCCGCUUCAUGAUGUCACUGGCGUUGGGAUUCGGUGGCUGGGUGACCACUGCACGUAGCUUGGCCAUGACCUCCACGGGCAAUACUAUUCGGGGCAGUUUAUACGCCUAUGUCGUUGGUCUUAUUGCGGGUAUGAUUGGCUGGAGUAUCCUGGGUGCCAUGGAAAGUGUCAUUGCGGACAUUGUGGAUGCUUCAGUGAUUUGCUGGGCAAGCGAGGUGGGCAUUAACGGCCAAGAGGCCCGAUAUUGCCGUGAAGCUGGAUGGCUCUUUGGCGACUCGAAUUCCGAUUUACACUCCGAUUACAGGGACGUUUGA